AUGGAGUGGAGAGCACGUAUCGAUUUCUAUCUCACGAACCCUGAGGAAUCCCAUAUCGGCUGGCGACUGCAUCAAAUCUUGAUGUUGGUUCUUUUCCUCAAUGUCGGAGUCAUGGCAAGCGAAACACUAGACGGGCCGCGAUUCGGAAGCUCUGACCCUGAUUUCUCUUAUAUGCUAAGUGAGAGCUCCUACGAUGCCAUCGAGACAUUGUUUUCGCUGCUUUAUAUCGUCGAGUUUCUCGUACGUUGGUCCACUGCGUCAAAACAAGAUCAGUUCUGGAAGUCAAUAAUCACUUGGAUACGUCUCCUGGCCGCAGUAGCAUCUCUACCAAAGCUGGCGGCGCUAGUGGUGGGAGCUGACACUCGCCAAGCGGAGGUAAUCAUUUACAACUUACGUAUCCUACGCGCGGUUCGACUGAUCAUCGCAGCGUACGCUUUCGUUGGAACGAAAGUUCUCUUCCGUGCAGUAUCAGACGCCAUUCCCCCGCUAACAAUUACGCUUUUUUUUUUAAUCACGGUAGUGAUGGUGUUCGCGACUGCAAUUUUCUACGCUGAGCCAUGCUACGACUUGCAAACUUGCACCUUCACCGACAUCUUCAAUACCGGAUACUUCGUCAUGCUCACGGUUGCCACCGUGGGCUACGGCAGCCAAGUGCCAUCGAUGCACAAUGCCGGCUCCCUGUUACUAGUCUGUAUGGUGAUGAUUUUCGGCACAAUUUACUUCUCCAUGCCUCUGGCUAUUGUUGGUAUCAAAUAUGAAUUGGCCUGGACGGAUUACGACGAGUACGCGAAGAGCCUGAAGCAGGGCCAGAGUGCACCGAUUACACCUCGACGCAGGAGAUCUUCUUCGGCGCUGUCCAUUCAAACUCCACGACGGCAAAUUGUUAACGCGAUUGCUGGAACAAACAACGAACCGGACGAUACACUACAGAAGAUUGACGCCCACGUCAUCAAAUACGCGAGUUCUGUUACGUGCGAUCGGUUCUACAAGCUAUCGCAAGGGAUACUAGAUGCCAGUUUUACUCUUCAAAGCAUAAUUACUCCCCCUGAUAACGGGUCUAACCCUCCGAUGACACUGGAAGCUGUGAUUCAGUCCACAAAAAGACGUAGCGAUGAAGCAUCGCAAGCUUUAGAUGGCGUCAUGGCAAUAAUCAAACUGCACUCACGAGUGUGUGCAGAAGCCCACGAACUAGCGCGGAUCGUCAAUAAAAUGCGAAUGCUUUCGGUGGUGCUCAGUAUUGCCAUGUUCUACUUACAAACAACACCAGAGCUGCAGAAAACAGGACUUCAGACGUUUCUCUGUCUUCGAAAUGUCCACGAUUACUGUGCGAGAUACGAUCAACCCGGUUGCUACGUCUUCAGAGAAGUCCCGUCGUCAGGGUCUGGGAUUGCUGUCCAAGUUACAGAGCAGCACCUCGACCUCGACUGCUCCAUUGGUGACCCCGAUGAGACGUGCUAUGGGUCGGGUGUAAACUUUGCGUCGGAUACGUUCCCCCUUUCGUGCAGUGACGUCUUCCCUUCGAGCUCUGGUAUCGAGCAUGUGUGCAGGAAUCGUCUGUGUAACCCUCCGGUGCAAUUUCUAUUCGACAUGGAACCGCUCUGGAUCUACUUUGAGUUCCUGUUCGGGUUGUUGUUUACGCUGGAGAUUAUACUGCAGGUGUACUCGCAUCCUGUACGUCGACAUCUCUGGGGAGAUCUGAGGUUUAUUUCGAACAUUCUCGUUCUUCUCCCGUUCUACGUUGAGAUCGUGGAGUUACUGAUCGGAGAGUGGCCGACGUACUCGGUUGUACCAGCUAUGCCGUCAUUCUUCACCGCCGUUCGCUUCCUUAAAAGCUUACGUAUCCUCAAACUAGGAACCCACAUUCCAGGGGCUCGAGUGCUGAUCAGGACGGCUCAACUAGUCACAGAGAGACUGGCAAUUCCGCUAUUCUUCUUGUUUUUAGGUUGUGUAGUCUCUGCAGCUGUGUUUUUCGAGAUGGAGCGUGGUACCGAGUGUUUCGUCGGCACCACUUGCAUGUGGUGGCACAAAAACGUUCUAACACCCGAGAUGUCAGAAGGUUUGCCGACCGGUAAAAGAAUACUCGUCCAGAACACUCUACUCUCCAUUAUCACGGACAUGGUGCGAUCGACUUGGUUCUCGCUCGUGAGCUUCACGACGGUCGGCUACGGGGAUUUGCAUCCCCGAACUUCUCUCGGAAAAUUGAUCGACAUCGUUGGGAUGAUCUUCAGCUCUUCUACAUCUGCUACGAGCUCCACGCUCAAGAAGAGAGGAUGA